UGCCAGACAUCAGCAGCAGGUUGAGAACAAACACGCAGAGAAAGGGAAGAGAGAGAAGAAGAGAAAGAGAAGAACAACACACAAUACGACUAACUGAACUUUAUGCACACAUCCUUCUACCUACAAAUCAGUGGAGUGAUGCUGCCAGGUGCCAGCUCUUUGCUGUUGUUUGCUUUGUGUCAUGGCGUGGCUGUAUGGGCUUUUGCACGGAUGCCUGAUGCAGUGGAGCUGCGUUCUGCAUUUUCCGUUGCCCGCACUACUAGUAUGGAGGGCGGUCCAAAGAUGGUUGUCACCUUUGACAAGAUCUAUGUGAAUAUUGGCGGUGACUUUGAGCCGAAAACCGGCUUAUUUCGCUGCCGGAUCCCUGGAGCAUACUACUUCUCCUUCACCGUGGGGAAGUUCCCACAUCGGGACCUGUCAGUGAUGCUGAUGAAGAACAGGAAUGAGGUGCAGGCAAUCAUCUAUGAUGAUAAUGGGGGUGAGGAACGUAAGGUCCAGAGUCAGAGCGCCAUGCUGCAGCUUGACUUCGGCGACACUGUCUGGCUACGUCUCCAUGGUGACCCACGUUACGCGAUCUAUAGCAACACUGGGCACUACACUACGUUCAGUGGAUACCUGAUUUAUCCAGAUAUAUAUACAUUCCAAGAACACAAGGAACAGAUGAAUGAGGACCAAACAACAGUACUUAGUCACCACACACCAGAGCAAGUACACAUAGACAGCAGAGUAACUGAGGAAAAGAAAGAAGAAGAGAUCACUGAUGAGCGGAGGGAUGUUGAGGAGGAGGAAGACCAGAGGUCUGCUUUCUCAGUUGGUCGUACCCAAAGCAUUCUGGGCAUAGAUAAAGGCUAUCCUGAACACAAGCCAAUAAUAUUCGACACUGAAUUUGUCAACAUCGGUAAUGACUUUAACGUGAGUUCUGGUGUUUUCAUAUGCCGUGUGCCUGGAGCCUACUACUUUUCAUUUAAUGCUGGGAAGCUUCCACACAAGACCCUUUCUGUGAAGCUGAUGAAGAAUCACUUGGAGGUCCAGGCCAUGAUAUAUGAUGACAGCGACACAGAGAAGGCCUUGCAGAGCCAAAGCCUGAUGCUGCAACUGAAAAAAGGAGAUACAGUGUGGCUCUACAGUCACCAAAGAGAAGGAUUUGGUGCAUACAGUAAUCAUGCGAAGUACAUCACCUUCACUGGAUUCCUGGUGUACCCAGAGCUCUCCCACAUUCACCUUCAGCAGCGAAAGCAGGAUAGGGGGAUUUAGGAGGAACCAAGGCACAGGUCUCUGUCUUUGUCUGUGAUCAGAGGUCAGAAAGACAGAGGGUUGGUCUGCAUGUGGACUGCAUCCAAAUAAAUUCUUUCACUCUGUCAGCUCUUGUGAACUCAUGCAGGGAAACCUAAAGUUGUGAUCUUUUGGUUCUGUUCUGUUCGGACUUUGCAGUUUUUUCUGCUUUUUUAUUUUUGAGAAAGUACAAAAGCAUAUUUUAAAAUAUCACAAAAAAGUUUGAGAUAUUGUGGGCAAAAAAAGAAAAAUGUUGCAUAUAGUGUCACCAUCUCCAAUGAGAUCUAUGCACUGAAAAUGCCUUGAAUUUUCAGCAGUUCAUAAACAAAAACUUGUGACAUUUCAGUGUUCAUAGUUAAUAGCACAAAAUCAAAACGAAUGGUAAAAGUGAUAUGAUAAAAGGGUAGAGUGCCGGGGCUGUGUUCACAACAAGCUAAAAGGACUUAAUUGUAAGUCAAAAGCAAUUAGUAACUGACCUGUUUGUGAGAGGAAAAAAAAUUAAGGAUGCUUUUGAUCCUAAUUUAAAAAAUUCUAUAUUAGUCAAAAAGUAAUUAAGAAAUGGAGUUGCAGAAUAACUGGAACCUGGGAGAAUGACCAUGCCUCGAGUGUAAUCUCCUUCUUUUUAGUUAAGUGUCUCCAACUCUUUAAUUUCUUUACUGGUGAUGGAGUUUCUGCACUCACUACCUCCCAUCCACUCUCUACUAUUUAGUAAAUCCUACCAAAGACUAUUUAAUUGAGGGUCUAGCUAUGGUUCGCCUACAGUCUCAGUUAUCACCUCCCCACUUUUCCAUCUGUAAUCACUCUCCAGUCCAUAUACAGUUGGUACAGUACACAGUUAAAUGAAUCAAUGUUCCCCCAGGAGCAUAAUGCUACAUGAAUUAGGUUUAAAAAAAAAAAAAAAAGUUUUUGAAUGGUUAUGGCUUACAGCUAAUGAAAACCCAAAAUUCAUCCCAGAAAAAAAAUAUAUUCCUUAAGACCAAUUAACAUUUGAAAGAUUUUUAAUACAGAAAUGAUUGAAAAGUAUGCAUGUGUACAAGCACUCAAUACUUGCUCAGGGCUCACUUUGCAUGAACACUGCAGCAAUGCGGCGUGGCAUGGAAAUGAUCAGUCUGUGGUACUGCUGAGGUGUUAUGGAAGCCCAGGAGUGGCUUGACACAAGGAAUGCGGGAGUCAUAUCCCAUGUACUGGAUACGUCUGUGUGUGGUGGCUCUUAAAGCACUGACUCCAGCUGUUGUCCACUCCAUGUCAAUCUCCUCCAAAUCCUUCCAUUCAACUUUGCAUACAUGUGCUUGGAUACAGCACUCUGUGAACAGCCAGCUUCUUUAGCAACUCACUUUUGUGUCUUACCCUCCAUGUGCAGGGUCUCAAUGAUCGUCAACUUUCAAGUCAUCAGUCUUCCAACUUCAAUUGUGUAGCCCACUGAACCAGAUUGAGAGACCAUGUAAAGGCUCAGGAAACCUUUGCAGGUGUUUUGGGGUAAUAAGCUGAUCAGAGUGUGACACCAUGAGUCCCCAGUAUUGAACCUUUUCACAAUAUUCUAAUUUUCUUAGAUACUAAAUUUUGGGUUUUCAUUAAUUGUAAGCCAUAAUCAUGGAUGGGUUCCCUGUUGAGUCUGGUUCCUCUCAAGGUUUCUUCCUAUUACCAUCUUAGGGAGUUUUUCCUUGCCACUGUUGCCGUUGUCCUUGGCUUGCUCAUCAGGGACAAUUUUAUCAUUUUUAAUCAUACACAUUUACAUUUCAUAAAGACUUCAUAAAGGCUUUGCGACAAUGUCAAUUGUUAAAAGCGCUAUACAAAUAAAAUUUUAUAGACUUAAAUUGAAUAAUCAUUCAAAUUAAUUAAACACUUGAAAUAUUUAGGUCUGUUAGUAAUGAAUCUAUAGUAUAUAUCAGUUUCACUUUUUGAAUUGAAUUAGUGAAAUUAAUAAACUUUUCGAUUAUCAAACUUUUAUUUUCGAUGGGAAAAGUUCAAUCAAAGGUUUGUGCAAUCAAAAAAGUGCAAUCAAAAGUUUCAUGCCUAAGUAAACACUUUUCAAGAAAAAAAAUCUUUAGAUAAGCUCAUGUUUGUGAAUACAGCCCCUUCUCCAAUUCCAGUUUUUAGUGGAAAUAGCAAUCAGCAAUGCAAAGUAUGGAAAAAGUGGGAAACUUGCAUGCAACUCUAGUUCACUGAUGAAAAAAAAAGUUCACAGUACUUGUUUUGCAUGUGGUGUAUUGUUGACUUCUAUGAAACAGUUCUUUGGAGUUUUGUUGGUAUUUCCCUUGCACAUAGUGUGUACACAUUUUUGGGCAACUUUAAAAGUGGCAUUUAUAUAUGUAAUUGCUGGGAUCACCAACUCGCUAUGAACAUUGUACAUGUUUUGCUAAAAUGACCACAGUAAUAAUUUCCCAAAAGAAUACAUUCCUUAUCACUAUGGAAAAUAAGCAGUUAUUUAAAAACCAUAUUUCACAAGUUUGCUUGAUUCUCUAGAAUAGUGCAUGCUCCUAUUGAGAACUUGUUAAUAUAAUAAUAACAAAAAAAGCACACAUACCACAUGUGCACAAUUCCACACUGGGAUAUACUUAAUUUGUUUGAUGUCUAUCCAUUUAUAUUCUUGUGAAUGUUCACAUUUUUGUUCUGUGACUGGUGUCAUAGUGAUUCACCCUGUAAUAUAAAAUCAUACAAGAAAAAUUUGUGAAUAUACUGAGAUUGACCCUUUGACUAACAAGUUUAUGUUUAUGUGGUCUGAGUUCUGCUAAGAUUGUAUCUCUUACGGUUAUCUGUGAAUGUUUUUUUGUGAAUGACACCAAAGUGAAUAAAAAGUGGCUGUAAACAA